CCUUUAUAUGAUUUUACAGCUUACACUGAGUGUAAAGCAAAGCCAGAGGGGCCACUAUACAGUGGAGGGAUUCUGAAAGGGAAAAGGCCUGCGUCAGUUGAUGGCAGCGACACUGGUCUUGGUGACUCUGGUGCUAGUAGUGGUGUUUAUUCGCCUGCAUUUCUACUGCGCAAUCUCUCCCAAACCACCGUUUAUUGUUUCUCCAGUUGGGUGAAGAUGGAAGGUGCACGUCCAGCUCUCAUAAGGGCAAGUCUGAAGACAGAAAAUGAGACUUAUGGCUGCAUAGGAACUGUUUUGGCUAGGCCUGGAUGCUGGUCAUUCAUCAAGGGUGGAUUUACUCUUAAUUCACCCUCUAAUUUAUCAAUAUUAUACUUUGAGAAUUCGGACGACAGAGAAAUCAACGUAGCAAUUGCAAGCCCUUCACUUCAACCAUUUAGUGAUCAGCAAUGGAGAAUGAAUCAGCAAUACAUAAUCAACACUAAAAGGAAGCGUGCUGUGACAGUCCAUGUCUCAAAUGUACAAGGAGAGAGGCUACAAGGAGCUGCAGUUUCCAUAGAGCAAUUGUCAAAGGAUUUCCCAUUUGGCUCUGCAAUAGCAAAAACCAUCCUAGGAAAUUUGCCUUAUCAGAAUUGGUUCGUUGAGAGAUUCAACGCGGCGGUUUUUGAAAAUGAACUCAAGUGGUAUGCAACAGAACCUAAACAAGGAAAAGUUAACUAUACAAUAGCAGACAAGAUGUUGGAGUUUGUUCGCGCGAAUAAAAUUAUAGCCAGAGGGCAUAAUAUAUUCUGGGAAGACCCAAAGUACACGCCAUCAUGGGUUAGGAAUCUCACAAGUUCCGAUCUACAAUCGGCUGUGAACUCAAGAAUACAAGGUCUAAUGAACAAAUACAAGGAUGAGUUCAUUCACUGGGAUGUUAGCAAUGAAAUGCUUCACUUUGACUUCUAUGAGCAAAAGCUAGGCCCCAAUGCCACCCUGCAUUUCUUUGAAACGGCGCACCAAUCCGACCCUUUGGCGACACUCUUUAUGAAUGAGUUUAAUGUCGUGGAGACUUGUAAUGAUAUGAAUUCUACUGUUGAUGCAUAUAUUUCAAGGCUGAAAGAGCUCAGAAGCGGUGGUGUCUUUAUGGACGGAAUUGGUCUUGAGGGGCAUUUUACAGUGCCAAAUCCUGCAUUGAUGAGAGCUAUUCUGGAUAAGUUGGCCACAUUGGGGCUUCCUGUUUGGCUUACAGAAGUGGACAUCAGCAAUACCCUUGACAAGGCCACACAGACUAUUUACUUGGAACAAGUUCUAAGAGAAGGCUUUUCACAUCCAUCUGUUAAUGGGAUAAUGCUUUGGACUGCUCUACAUCCAAAUGGUUGUUACCAAAUGUGCCUCACUGACGACAAUUUACAAAACCUCCCCGCUGGUGAUGUAGUUGACAAGCUUCUAAAAGAAUGGAGAACAGAGAAGUUGGAGGGUGUGACAGAUGAGCAUGGAUCAUAUAGCUUCUUUGGCUUUUUAGGUGAAUACAAAAUUAGUGUCGAUUACGGAAACAAAACAGCAAGUUCAACAUUCUCACUCAGCCAAGAUGUUUGCAGUGUUGAAAGGAGUUCAACUGUUUAUCGUUCUUCGGGAGAAAAAUUUAAAGCUUUCAAGAGAGAGCAACCUGCUUGAUGAAGAGAUUUCGGCAUACAGUUUUGAAGAUGAGUGAUACUCGUUGAAUCAAGUCAUCUAGUUGAUUCUAGGCGGCGGCGACAAAUUCAAGAGGGAGUAUUUAUUUGUAUAAAUCUGAUUGGUGUUUGUAAUCGUUGAGAAUUAGUGGAUGAUUUAAUAUC